AUGGCUCUCCUAGCGAGCAUGGCGGGCGCUGCGACGAUAUUUAUCAUUGUUGCCUGGUGGUAUCUUCGCAUCCCAUCGGACAUGCCAAAAAAUAUCCCUGCAAUUCCAUUCUAUGUAUCCAGCAUUGCACACUUCAUUGACCUUGGUCAGGAUGAAAUAUACGACCGUUGGAUGCGUGAACCACUGGAAAAAUAUGGAGCAGUUAAGUUUUGGGUUUCUUCCCGCUGGAACGUGCUUAAUGCAAAGCCAGAAUAUAUCAACGACCUGCUUAGGAAUGAAGACGCUUUUAUCAAAGCAGGGAACUGCGAGAAGAUCCCCUAUAGUGUUCUUGCUGCUUUUCUCGGCAAUAACAUCAUCAGUGCCCACGGGGAGACUUGGAGGCUUUACACCUCGAUUAUGAAAGGGGGUAUUCAAAGGCGGAUCAAGGAUAGCAGUAAGUUGGUUGAUCGGUCGAGGCAGUUGGUUAAAGCAAUCCUGCAGACUCAAAGCGCAGAAGCAGAGGAUUUCGGCAUUGAUCCUGAAACAUUGGUGCAGCGGUAUGCGAUUUAUGUUGUGGGAGAACAUUUCCUUCGGACAAAUUUUGAGAUUCUCGAACCUACCGUUACCACAAAGCUCGCGAAACUCCAGACGACCAUCAGGACAAGUGUUUUCGCACCGUUGUAUUUCAGCUUUCCCACCCUUGACAAAUACCCCUAUAUCUUCCGCAGCCGGAAGCGGGCCUUCAACGUCGUGAAGGAGUAUGAGGACCUGCUUUACGAAAUCGUUCAGAACCUCAAACCUGAGGCAACACUAAAUGACUUGAAACCACAUGAUGAUGUACAGGUAAUUGACACUCUUCGAGGGGCUCUUGCCUGCGGAAAAAUCACGGAGACCCAGUUCCGUGCGAAUCUAAAGAUCGUAUUCGUAGCCGGACACGAAGAUGUGCAGCAUCUACUCAACUCGACGCUUUAUGCUUUGGGUGUAAAAAUCGAGAUACAGCAAAAGCUUCGAAAGGAAGUGCAGAGCACCGGGUCCAUCGACCCCACCCCUGAACUAGUUGACAGCAUGCCAUAUUUGACUGCAACAGUAUUCGAACUUCUCCGCCUCUAUCCACCACUUUCACAACUCAUCAAUCGAAAAGCAUCGAGAACGGCUGUUCUCGGCAACCAAAUAAUCAUCCCACAGGGCACCUAUGUUGGAUGGACCGCCUUUGGCGUGCAUACCAACAAAGCCAUCUGGGGCAACGAUGCCAGAGAGUUAAUCCCUGAAAGAUGGGGCUCUACCGUUGAUGCGAUACAGGCAAAGUUCCGUAAGCAAAAUGCCAGUGGUGCAUAUAUCCCGUUCAACGCGCAUACGCGGAAAUGCCUUGGUCAGGCAUUUGCGCUGUUGCAGAUGAAGAUUGCGCUAUUUGAGUUGGCGAGGAGUGUGGAGUGGACUCUCGCUCCUGGAACUAAGGUGAAACUUGGCUGGCUGAAUAGUUUUCCCACUUUAGGGUUUAAUGAAGCCCCUAGGUUGUAG